AGCUCAUACUGAAAAAGUGACCGAGCCUGUAUGGCCCUGUAUGAUGCUGAACAACUUUGUUUUAAACCCUAAGAUGGAUAUGAAUGAGGAUUUAGCAGCAUUACCAGGCAUGUUUGAAACCCCCAUCAAAAAGAAAACUGCAAAUGUGUCUCCUGACAUUGGUAGAGAUUUACACAAUUCUUCAGGAGAUGAAGACUCUUUAGAACCAGAGAAACUGAUACGUACUAUUCCUAACACAGUGGAACAGCUAUAUGGCCAGAGCAUGAUAUGCUGCCCUGCAAAUGAAAUCAUUCAAACCCUAAAGAAGAUCCCUGAAAUUGGAAGUGGUGAAAUAACAAAGAUGCCACUUCAAGAAGUCGAUGUAGACCCCAAAAUAUUAACACCCAAUAUUUCACUUUUGAAAAACACUUGUACAUCAAAGGAAAAUAGAUCAACACCACAUCUUAGCAGAAUUAAAAAAACAGCAGCACUAGAUCAAAAAGUUACAUACGUGGAAGAAAAAUUUGAAAGUGGAAAUGUGGAAGAUCUGACCACCAGGAGACUGAUAAGAACGCCUAAGGAAAGGGAAGAACAUUUAAUAGAAGACGUGAAAGUUGUCAAGAAGUCUGGUAAAACAUCACAGAAAAAAUGUGAUCCAGAAUACUCAAUGAGUAUUGAGAAGUUAUAUGAAAUACCCAAAAUAGAACUAAUAGAAAACACACCAAGCAGCCUAGGGAAACUUAGAGGAGAACCCAAAAAAGUAGAAGAGCUUCCAGGUCAUAGGAAUAUGACAGUUCAUAAGGAAAAGGCAAAAGCAGGAGAAAACUUUUUUAGGAGGUUUUUAGGAGGUUUCAGGAGAGUUUUCAAAACAUCAAAAGUAAAACCAGAAGAUCUAAAGAGAUUCAAACUGAUGGAGAAUGCUAGACCUAAAACUGAUACUGAUGAAAAACAAAAGUUAGUGAUUCAGUUAGUGAAAUAA